AUGGACUGCAAUUUUAUAGGUAUGCGUCCGUAUGUUCCUUCAGCAAGCCGAGAAGCCGCUAAACUUUACUGUUCAUUGCUAAAGGCUAGUAAACAGGGUGACAGAAUCGUGAAACCGCCUGAACGAUACAGUAGUAUGGACUGGUCGACAAAACAGCGUGCUCGAGACACAUCUCGGAGCCACGACAGAUAUCUUUAUGGUGACGCUGCUGUCGGCAUGAUCAGUAAAUCUCAAGCCAAAAGGGCUUACAAGGAGGCUGCGAAGGUUCAGCGUGAAAAUGCAGAAUUCCGUGGAUCGGAAGGAGAACCAAAUGCAGAUGAAGAAGAAGAGGCCGUCACCGAGGAAAGCAACCCCAAUGAGAUGAACUUCUCGAAGCGAUCUACAAACGACCAUUCCUUGGAUCUCAGCGGAAGAAACGGGUAUCAGAUAGUGGACGAAAACGCAAAUAACCAAUCAUUCAUGCCCUUCCAUCGUCAAGGAGCGCGAACGCAGCAAAGCUCUGAUUUCACUCAGCUGCCACACGAUGCGGCUAACCAGGUUUGGCGUCGAAUCGGAGAUUUCGACAACGGUGCGGAACCCUUACAUGCAGUCACUUCAGUUUGUAACCCUUUUAGUCAGCAGACAAAUCCAUACAUGGCAAUGAUGGCAGCACCGUAUCGUUUCCAGAGUACUGUCCCGUACUACACUCCUAUGACUUCUUACAUGAAUACUCCCUUCUACAAUCCCACAUACCCCCAGCAAAACUUCAGCACACCUUGCCAGCGAUAUCGCGAGCGCUUUAUUACUGAUGUAGCCACCACUAUGUUAACCACACUUCUCGACAAAGCAGCCACUUUCGAUUGUUGCCAUGAACAUUGUCCAGACAUGAGCAGUGGAGCUUCGCGCUCUGGGAGUGCGGCUACAAUCCCAGCACUUCAGUCUUCCAGCUUCGACCGCAUGGCUACCUCUGCAAAUGCUACCGGUUUUGCUAGACCAGAAGCGCUUUAUGAAAACUGUGAGCCUGCCUAG